AUGGCUUCACAAGAGGAAAACCAAGCUCAGCCCUUUGCAGACAUCUUUGAUGAAGAUGAAGCUGAAAACUUUUUUCUGCUGUCGAAGCCCACUUGCUUAAUUAUCCUUGGAAAGCCAGACUCUGGAAAGAAAACAUUAGCUAGAAAACUAGCACAAAUAUGGAAAUGCAUUUUCAUAGAAGCUUUGGAAGUAAUUCAAACGAAUAUUCAUGAAGAAACAGAAUAUGGGCUUAAGUGUCAAGAAUUGCUUUUUAAAGGUCAAAGUAUUUCUGAAGAACUGGUUACAGAAAUGAUUCUGAAAAAGAUUGAGUCACCCGAAGUUGCUCAUUUUGGUUAUAUUCUCACUGGAUUUCCUUCUCUCUCGGAGGAAUACAUGACUGUUUCACAGCAAAUAGAGAAAAUAAAAAGUCUAAAAUUAAAACCGGAUUUCCUGAUUAACAUUAAGUGUUCAGAUUAUGAUUUAUGUCAAAGAAUAUCAGGACAAAGGCAACACCCAGAUUCAGGGCAGGUGUAUCAGAGGAACCAGUGGGAUCCUAGCGUUAUUGAAAAGCAUAGGAAAGAGAAAGAUCAGCAUGAAGAGGAGAAUGAAAAAGAAGAUGAAGAGCAGGAAGAAGAAGAGACUGCAGAAGAUCCACUUAUGAAGUCAGAAUUUUUGCAUCAAUUAGUGCAGAGGCCUGAAGAUACUAUUGAAAAUGCAGAGGAGAGAGUUGGAAAGUAUAAGGAUAUAAUGCUUCAUCCUUUAGAAGACUUGAUGGCUGAACAGGAUUGUCGCUAUCUUAUUGAACUGAAUGGAAAUCAGCAACCAGAUGAUCUCUUUGUAUCAGUGAUAGUCCGACUUCAGUCUCUGGGUGUUCGAAAUGGAGCUCCUAUAACUAGACUUCAAAGUCAGCAAGAAGAAAUGCUGGAGGGACUGGAAAAUGAUGAACUUUUCCGGGUUCUGUCAUCUUACAAACUAAUAGCACACAGAUAUCGAUGGCGUAGAAGCAGGUGGGGACAAGCAUGUCCUGUGGCUCUAAAGCAAGGUGAUAUUGUAAUGGGAAGUCCAGACUUGGCUGUCAGUUUUCUAGGUAAAAUGUAUGCACUGUCAUCCCCAGAGGCAUUGAAAACGUUUAUGUUGAAUCCACGGCCUUACCUGUUACCACCAAUGCCACUUCCUCCUUGCAAAGUACUUGUAUUUGGUCCUCCAUUUUCUGGAAGAACAACUAUUUGUAACCUAAUUGCACACAAAUAUAAAGGAAAGGUUCUUGAUAUGGCCAAACUCAUUCAACCCCAUAUGGAAGAAUCAAGAGAAAAAAACAUUGAGCAAGUGCAAAGGGAUACAGUAGAAAAGGCUAUAACAGCAGUGAAAAAUAGGUUGGAAUCAGAAAAGCAGUCAAGAGAAUCAGGUGAGUAAGAACCUAGUUGUGUCAAAGAACCAGAUGAUUCUGAAGAAACCACUUAAACCAGACAGGGAGUAAACUUGGAAGAGAGGACUGUUAUAAAAUCUGCCAUCAUCCAAAACUGAAUGUCAGAGAUAACUGCUGAUCACCCAGAAGUUCAAGCGAUAGUAGAAGAUGCCAUUAAAAGUGCAUCAGCCUCCGAAGUUACACUGUCACCUGAAAUAUAUACUGAAGUACUGGAGAGAGCUACUGCAGAGCUUAUGAAGAAGAACAAAGACAGGUUUCCUGGUGCUCCAGAAAAAGGAGGAUGGGUAGUGGAUAACUACCCUCUGUCAGUAGAUCACUGGUCAGCUUUAUCAGAAAAAGGACUUUUACCUGACACUGUUGUCUGUCUGAAGGAUACAGAAAAAGCUGGAACCUGUAUACUACGCAGAACAUACUUGGCAAAUAGGGAUGAAAUUAAUCGUAAGAUUUUGAGAAGACUAGCAGAUGAAGCAUUAGAAAAGAAAGAAGAAGAAGAAGUAAGAAUAGAAAUGCAAGAAAUACUGACAUCACAGGAAGAUCAUUCAAUAGAGGCUGCUGAGGAUAAAGAAUUUGAGGACAACAACGAGCAGUUUCCAACUGAAAUUGAACAAAUGCUCCAGAAACAGUCCUCUGCAGUCAGUAAAGAAGAAUCUGAACCUACAGAAAUCAUACUACCUGAGUUUGCAGAGGAUAAUUUUCCAGAUAUACCAGAAAUGGAAAUAAUUAAAAGGAAGAUUGACCUUUUCAUGCAUGACUGGCAAACCGUGGAGUCAGAAAUCAAGCAGUCAUCUCUAGUUCAGGUUGUUGUUUUAGAGAUUGCUGAUCAAACUCCAGAGAGUCUGCUUAAUCAAAUUGUGCUGGUUAUGGAAAAACCUUUUAAAUACCAUGGUUGGGAAUUAUCAACUGAAGACUUAGAUGAGGAAGCAGAAGACCUGGCUGCUGAAGAGGAAGAUGAAGAAGUUGAAGAAGAGGAAAAUGAAGACGAAGAAGCUCCUCCCUUACGGGUGUGCUUACUCGGGACUCAUGGAGCGGGUAAAACUACUUGUGCACGACAGAUAGCAGACAAAUUAGGCAUUUUCCAUAUUCAGUUUGAAGAAUAUCUACAGGAAUUGAUCUUACCCAAAAGUAAAGAGAAAGUUGGGCCUGAUUUUGAUGAAGAACCUGAAGAUGACAAUAAAAUGCCAGUUCUAUCACAGGUACUGGACAACUUCUCUCAGACCAUGGCUAAAACUGAGACUGAAAAAAGCAAACAGGAAGUGGAGUUAACUGAUGAGGAGGAAGCAAUCAAAGCAAAUCUAAUGGAUAAUGAGGCAUUGCCCCCAGAAGUCCUUGAUAACAUUGUUCUUGACUGGUGGAGGAAAGAGCCAUUCCGGUCGACAGGAUUUAUACUGGAUGGUUUCCCUCGUACUUCAGAUGAAGCCCGGUAUUUGUCAGAACGUGGACUCUGUCCUGAUGUUGCAGUUUAUAUUCAAGUAGAAGAAAGGGAUGUUCUUGACCGUCUUUUUCCUCCACGUCUGAAAAAAUGGAAAGAAAGACAGUACAAAAAAAUGGAAAAUAUAAAGAAACUGAAAGACCUGAAAGCAAAAAUAAGG